AUGGCAAAACUCACUGAUGAUGCCGACUACGAUGCCGGCGAAACGUGCGUUCGUAGCUUGGUGCGGAGAAUGGCAAAACUCACUGAUGAUGCCGACUACGAUGCCGGCGAAACGUUUGAAAAGGUACCAAGUCCACUGUCUCAUGGUGAGAAUCAUGACAACUACUAUGGCAGACGAAUUCGUACUAGGUGUGUUCUACUAAGUCGCCCUGUCAACAAGAUCAAGUUGCGAUAA